AUGGCAUCCCAGGCUCAGAAACCUCUCUGUGAGGAGUGUAGGAUUGCUGUUAAUUUUGUAGCAUCUUAUCAGCUGAAUGUCAGUGAUGCUUAUUUUACUAUGACCUGUUACUAUGAUGAAGAUUCUGAUGCGUCUGUUGAUGUGCCCUUUUUCCAAGACCAAGCAGUGGUGAAGCGAAAACAUGCAAAGUGGUUCAUAAAAUAUCUAAAAGACCGUCAAAGUAGAGUCUGCCUUCCGGUGACUAAGAGGCCUGAUGCAGAGUACUGGGGAACUGACCGGGAAGCUACCGUGAUUGCUCUGCAGGUGGAAAGGAACUUAUACAAGCACCUGCAAGAGCUAAGAACUUGGCUUCUAAGAAUCGUGAAAUUGAUCUCCUAG